UUGCACUUACGGUCCCGUAGAACUGCGCUUCAUGGUUUGCUGCUUUGGUGAAAAUCGGUUCCUGACAGUUAAUGAAAGGGAGUUCCCAUUGGUUUGGCUUCGUUGUGUUGUGUGUUGUGUGAAGUGAAAGUGAACCAUCUGUGUCUGUCGUUAUUGUCUUUCCUUUUGUGCAAAACUGCGAUAGUUUUAUGAAUUUGAUUGAAUAAGGAUUGUUUCCUCAUUAUUAAGACGGACUGUAGUGUUGAACCAUCAUAUAAUCACUGUAGAAAUCGUUUAAUCGAUCAUCGUUUGGAAAGCAUAAUUUUGUGGAAGUAAAAAUGAAAGACAUCAUUCAAGGUGGCCUGCAAUCGCUCAACAACUUCUUCCAGCAGCUUGAUCCGGGCUGCUCGUUUCCAUCGAUGGACUUCACUGUGUACGAUUAUCCGCGCGAAAUCUGGCGCAUUCUGCCAACCUGGGAGGUGACACUGAAGACGAUCACCUUUCUGCCGGUGAUCAUGUUCGGGCUGCUCGGCAACGCCAUCCUGUGCUACAUCAUCGCGCAGAUGCGUGCGCUGCGGACGCCGACCAAUCUACUGAUCGCGAACCUGGCCGUCACCGAUCUGGCAACCGUGCUCGUCUGUCCGCUGAUGUUUAUGUUUCACGAUUUCUACCAAAACUACGUUCUAGGAGCGAUCGGGUGUAAGCUGGAGGGGUUUCUCGAAGGAUCGCUGCUCAUCACAUCGGUACUGUGCCUGUGCGCGAUCAGCUACGAUCGGUUGACGGCGAUUGUGUUCCCAAAGCGAUCGCGGCUUUCGAAACGAGGUGCCUGGGUGCUGAUCGCCGUCUCGUGGAUCUGUGGGCUACUGCUUGCCCUGCCGCUCAGCAUGUACCGUGCGUACCGGGAGCGUCAGUGGAAGAACUACCUCGAGACGUACUGUGCCGAAAACACGACCUUCCUGCCAAGCUACUGGCACGUGCUGAUCGGUGUGCUCGUCUGGUUUCCUCUUCUCGUCAUGUUUUGCUGCUACAGCUGCAUCUUCCUGAAGCUCGACCGCUACGAACGGCGCGUCCUGCGCAAGGAGCACCCGAUCUCGGUGUCGUACAAACGCAAGGUCGCCAAGACGCUGUUCAUCGUGCUGAUCGUGUUCGUGUUGCUCCGCAUACCCUUUACGACGCUGGUCUUUAUCCGCUACCAGCGUUACCUUAACGAUAACCAGAAUCAGAUUGGAAGUGACUUCCUGAUCCUGUGGUACGUCUCACACUAUCUGAUGUUCCUGAAUGCGGCCCUCAAUCCCCUCAUCUAUGGUCUGACGAACGAAAACUUCCGUAAGGCAUUCCGUAAGAUUCCGCUCUCGCGACUGCUCUGCAUUCCAGCGUUGGCUCGACCGAGAAGGAAAGGUAAGCAAUCGCCGAAAAACGGUGAAGAGGGACCGAUCGGUGGUGCUAUGGGUAGGUUGCAACCGAGAGCCCCGUGCGGCAAUGAGAAACUGGCCAACUUGUCCGGAUGGCUCGUGUGUCCGGUGCACGAGCAGCCCGACAAUCAACCCACAAGCCCCUCUAAGGGUACGAACAUUUCGCACCUGAAGCUGACGACGGAGGAUGGGGUUUCUGGUGGACAGAGGAGUACCACACCAGAGGGCAAGUUUGCUCACAACGCAAUGGUCGGCUCGGAAGGGUACAUGUAGCAAGCGGAGCGUUUGUGCUUCCACAAUUUAUAUACAUUUUGACGGUAAUAAAUAUCCACAUGGUG